GAGUCCACCCUUCAGAAAUCUGAAAUCUUUUACCGUGCAAUUACCCUCCGUGAAAAUCGCUGGCAUUGUCGUAAAUAAAAGAAACAAAGGAGGACAUUUGCGUACUUGAAAUUUACCACCUCCACGUCAAAGUCACAAAACUCAUUGCUUGUCUGGCAUGGUGGUGAGUCACUGGGUCUGCACCCACGCAGCGACAAACAAACAAACAACACUGAAACUCUGAGCGAUAAAAGAUAGAGAGAGAAACUAUUUUUUGAGCGAAGAAGAAGAACAAGAAUAAGAGCGGAGAGAAGCUCUCCGUUUUGCGCAAAGCAAUGCCCGUUAAUUCCAGAACUCAAUCCUCGUUUUCUUUUAAACUCGGACUCUUUUUUUCUUGAACAUAGAAAAAAGAAAAAAGAAUCAUUGCAUAAAAUAAGAGAAAACUCCUGAGGAGUAAUUGAAACGGAUAUUGCGCUCUUCUUAGCUCUGAAAAAUCGAAGAUCUCGACUGAGUAUGCAAUUCCUGGAUAGAUCAUGCCUGCUUGAAACCACAGAUUCUGUUAUUUCUCAAGUUUCAGCUACGUAUUGUCGAUUCUUUAAACAAAUCAGCUCUGGCUUUUGUUGAGCAAUGCAAGCAAAGAAGCGUAGCGGAAACAUCAAAGCUCUUGUUAUGAUGAAGCUUCUAGCUUAGAAGAGGUUUUAGGUUUGAUUGAGAGGAAACGAUGGCGUCUUCUUGGGAACAUUUUGGUGAAAUUGCAAAUGUAGCCCAGCUCGCGGGCUUUGAUGCAGUGCGGUUAGUUGCUAUGAUAGUUAAAGCUGCAAGCACAGCGCGAAUGCAUAAGAAGAAUUGCAGGCAAUUCGCGCAGCAUCUCAAGUUGAUCGGUAACUUGCUGGAGCAGCUCAAGAUCUCGGACCUUAAGAGGUAUCCUGAGACACGGGAGCCAUUGGAGCAGCUUGAGGAUGCAUUAAGGAGGUCUUACAUUUUGGUCAAUAGUUGUCAGGAUAGGAGCUAUCUCUAUCUUCUGGCCAUGGGAUGGAACAUUGUGUAUCAGUUUAGGAAGGCCCAGAAUGAAAUCGAUCGAUAUUUGAAGAUUGUUCCUCUUAUCACUCUGGUGGAUAAUGCUCGAGUCAGGGAGAGACUAGAAGUUAUUGAGAAAGAUCAAAAUGAGUACACUUUGGAUGAAGAGGACAGAAGGGUGCAAGAUGUUAUACUGAAACCAGAGCCCUCAAAAAAUGAUGCCAUGAUUUUGGAAAAAACUCUUUCUUGCUCAUAUCCAAACUUGUGUUUUAAUGAAGCACUUCAAAAGGAAAACGAGAAGCUUCAACUGGAACUACAACGAUCACAAGCUAAUUAUGAUGUUCAACAGUGUGAAGUAAUCCAGCAUUUGCUUGAUGUAACAGAAGCUGCUGCUGCAACUUCUAUUCCCGAAAAGAGUACAUCCAUGAAAGGGUCUAAGAAAGUAGAGCAUAAUUACUCAGAUGCCAAUAGUCAGAAAGGUCAUUCAUAUGAUGAAAGCUAUCCAAAUAAGCCCGAUUCUCACACAACUUCAAGAAACACGUCUUCAGUUUCAUCAGGACAUGAUCUGCUGUCUGAUAGAGAUUCGCAUGGGUAUGAAGAAUGGCAUGCUGAUUUGCUCGGUUGUUGCUCGGAACCAUUUCUGUGUAUAAGGACAUUCUUCUAUCCUUGUGGUACAUUUUCAAAGAUUGCUACUGUGGCAACAAACAGGCACGUGUCUUCUGCAGAGGCAUGCAAUGAAUUGAUGGCAUAUUCAUUGAUAUUGUCAUGCUGUUGCUACACUUGCUGCGUCAGAAGGAAACUUCGCAAGGCAUUGAACAUUACGGGUGGAUUUAUUGAUGAUUUCCUCUCACAUUUGAUGUGCUGCUGUUGUGCCCUUGUUCAAGAAUGGCGAGAAGUAGAGAUGCGUGGGGCUCAUGGUUCUGAGAAGACUAAAACAAGCCCUCCACCAUCACAAUUUAUGGAAUCAUGAGUAAAAGGACUGAAAUGCUUAUUUCCUUGGAAGGUUUAUACUUUACAUAGCCUAAUAUAGAAUAUAAGCAGCCUCCAGUAUCUCUGUUAAAUUGAUACUGUACUAAAAGAUUGCUCCCCUUGCCUUGGAAUCUACAGAUAUGUAAAUUAGUCCAAUUCAGCACAGAUAUGUAAAAGUGGUUUUGGAUCCAUGUUUAUUUCUUCAGAGAUAAAGAACAGCUGCCAAACAAGAAAUUUUUUUCCUUUUGGAUGGAAAAAGGCCAAAAAGGGUCAUUGAAUUAAAUUCUAAAUGUUUCCUUCCUUUGACAAAGCCUUUACUAAUUUAAUGGAUAUUGGGAUUCACUAAAUUUGAGAUUUGAUUAAAUUAAACAACGGCCCCCUUUUUCACAUGAAUGAAUGGUAAAAGUCCUAGGCCAUCGCGUCUAAUCCUAUGUUUCGUUUACUUUCCCUUCCUUCCUACACGUGUUAAUAUGUUAUUGGUAUGUUCAGAACGAUGAACAAUCA